AGAUCAUCCACAAAGAACAGCGGCUUGUACUUUUCUCAGGCGAUGGUUGCGUACUGCUUCUUCAGAGAAGGCUGACGGAAGAUGAAUCAUUUAUUAAGGUUUUUAAAUACCUGAGCUGCGUUCGUUAUCGUCCAGUCGCUGUUGAGCAUGCGCAACGAAACUAGAGCCUGGAACUGAACGCGCGUCGUGGAGAGCAUGCUCAGUGGCUCAUUGUUGACAAUUACUUGCCCCUCAUUCUCUAACCCCGCCCCUUGCUUAUUAACCCCGCCCCUUCACCGGCCAAGAUGGCGGCGGGUGGCUACGCAGACUUGAGGGAGAAGCUUCAGUCGCCUCACCGCGAAAAGCAGCGGGCGACAUCGGCGCCUUACAAUGGCCGCAAGCGGAAACUCGAGGCGGAGGCGGGGGAGGCCGGCCUGCCAGGACUUUGCGGCGGCGCCGACGAGUACGAGCACAGCAAAUACCAUAGCGAUUACGACGACGAACGGCAAGGAGAAGCCCGGCGCGUGAAGCAGGGUAUCCGCCAGGUGCGGCUUUUCACUGCCGACCAGUGUACCCAGAUCGAGACACAAAUCGACGACGUGGUUUCCCGGGCCGAGAAGGGCAUUUACCGCGACCACACGGUGGACAGGGCCCCUUUGCGGAACAAAUACUUCUUCGGGGAAGGCUACACCUACGGCUCGCAGUUGGAAAAGCGAGGACCUGGCCAGGAGCGCCUCUAUCCCAAGGGAGACGUGGACGACAUCCCUGAGUGGGUCCACGACCUGGUCAUCAAGAAACUGGUGGAUCACCGGAUUAUCCCUGAAGGCUUCGUCAAUAGUGCCGUCAUCAAUGACUAUCAGCCGGGUGGCUGCAUCGUCUCCCACGUGGAUCCCAUCCACAUUUUCGAAAGGCCCAUCGUUUCCGUUUCCUUCUUCAGCGACUCGGCACUCUGCUUCGGCUGCAAGUUCCAAUUUAAGCCCAUUCGGGUAUCAGAGCCGGUUUACUAUUUACCUGUCCGGAGAGGGAGUGUCACUGUGCUUAGUGAUUACGCUGCAGAUGAAAUAACUCAUUGCAUUCGACCUCAAGAUAUCAGGGAGCGGAGGGCUGUUAUAAUACUACGGAAAACAAGGACAGAUGCCCCACGUUUGGAGUCAAAAUUAUUAACUAGCUCAGUGUUACCAGUUCACAUGUCUAACAGACAGUCCAACAGUGACCGAUACCAAGUGGUACUAAAACAGAAACGGUCUCAUCGGAAAGCAGAUCCAGAUGCUGCACACAGGCCAAGAAUUUUAGAGAUGGACAAAGAGGAGAAUCGGCGAUCUGUGAUUUUGCCAAAACACCGCAGGAGGAGUGACUGUGCUUCAGAAAAUUACUGGAGAAAGACACACGAUUGUGUGGAUGAUGAGGAUGAGGAGGGUGAUGAUGGUGGAGGAAUAGAUAGUCCAGUUCGAAAAGUUAAAAUGCGACGACACUGAUUGGGAAGGGAAGAGAAAAUGGAACUUUAACUUGAAGGCUGAUGGACAAAAGUGCACUACUCAGUUCGAAAUGGAACAGCUCAACAGUAACUGCAAAUUCAAAGAGGAAAAUGUUUUUUAAAAAUACAAGAAAAAGGAUUUUAUUGAACUGAGGUUAGAAAACGGCAGGAGAUUGCCAUUAGUUUGCAGGCAGGUGGCCUCUGUGUUUCAUUCUACCUUUUGUUAUUGGGUAAUGUUGUAUAGCCUAUUUUCCCUUCUUUGUUUUAUGUAUUUAAAACCCAAAAAAAACAUGCACAUCUUUGUGCGUGUGAAAGCAAAGUGUUUAAAAAUAUAUUAAUUAAUUUUCUUUUUAAAAAUGAGAAGCUACUUUUUUUGUUGAAAUGAGAAGCAGCCACUGUAUCAUGGUAUCAUGUGCUUCUUCAAACUUCAGCGCUUCCAUCGUUAGGGUUGCAAAGUCCCUAAACUUUAGAUAUAUUGUUGCUGAGGAACUCUGAGGAAUUUAUUUCCGUAUAGGGGAAGGAAAAACACAGUUGUGUUGACUUGUAACAAAGUUGUACAGUUCUGAAAAGACAGUUUAAAAUGUACGCAAAUGAUUAAAAAGUUAUGUAAAUGAAAAUAGGUAUUUUAUGUAAAAAAUAAAAUAAAAAAACUUUUAAUUUGGGUAACUGUCAAAAGGAGAGUUUGACUGUCAACAGGGUCUUUACCUUGGAUGCUUACUUUAUUUCUUGUACAGAAGCUAAAUUUGAUUAAAUGCAAAGCGCACCACUUUAA